AUGCUGCAGUAUCCCACCGACCCGGACGCAGGAAACGAGAAUGGCAGCACAGCCCUCAUGGAGGCAUCUCUGCACGGCCACGUAGGAGUCGUGCGUUUGCUGCUUGAGGCCGGGGCUCACAUCGACUUGGCCAAGAAUAACGGCAGGACAGCUCUGGCGCUGGCUUCUCGAAGCGGCCAUGUUGAGAUCGUGCGUUUGCUGCAUGAGGCCAGGGCUCACAUCGACUUGGCCGACAGCAAUGGUGUCACAGCUUUGAUGGCAGCGUCCCGAAGCGACCACGUUGAGGUCGUGCGUGUGUUGCUGGAGGCCGGUGCUCACGUAGACUUGGCCAAAAGCAACGGAGUGACAGCUCUGAUGCUAGCAUCGAGAAGAGGCUACGUUGAGAUCGUGCGUGUGUUGCUUGAGGCUUAUGCGCAAAUCCACUUGGUCGACAUCGCCGGUUCCACAGCCGUGGUCAAAGCCGCUCACCAAGGCCAUGCUGAGGUCGUGUGCUUGUUGCUUGAGGCAGGGGCCCACAUCGACUUGGGCCACAAGGAAGGAUGGACCCCUCUGAUGGUGGCAUCUGAAGCGGGGCACGUUGAGGUCGUGCGUUUGUUGCUUGAGGAAAGUGCACACAUCGACUUGGCAAGAAGCAACGGACUGACUGCUCUGAUGGGAGCAUCUGAAGGUGGCCACGUUGAGGUCGUGUCUUUGUUGCUGGAAGCCGGCGCUCACGUCGACUUGGCCAGAGGCAGCGGGAUGACUGCUCUGAUGGGAGCAUCUCGAAGCGGCCAUGUGGAGGUCGUGCAUCUGUUGCUUGAGGAAAGUGCACACAUCGACUUGACCAAAAACGAGCGCACAGCUCUCAUGGUAGCAUCUCGAGAGGGCCACGUUGAAGUCGUGCGCCUGUUGCUUGCGACUGAUGCUCACGCCGACUUGGGCAACAAGGAAGGAUGGACCCCUCUAAUGAUUGCAUCUCAAGAGGGGCACGUUGAGGUCGUGCGUUUGUUGCUUGGGGCAGGGGCUCACAUCGACUUUGCCGAUGUCGACGGCACGACGGCUCUCUUGGCAGCAUCUCAAAAGGGGCACGUUGAGGUCGUGCACUUGUUGAUCCAGGCUGGUGUUCGCAUUGACUUGGCCAACAGCGACGGACUCACCGCUCUGAUGGCCGGAUCUGAGGCAGGCCACUUUGAGCUGGUGCGCUUGUUGCUUGGGGCUCGUGCUCACAUCGAAUUGGCCGAGAACUGCGGGUUCACAGCUCUGAUGCUAGCAUCUCGAUGCGGCCACGUUGAGGUUGCCCGUUUGUUGCUUCAGGCUGGUGCGCACAUCCUGUUGGGCAACAAUGCCGGCGUCGCAGCGGUGGUGGAGUCCUCUCGCAAUGGCCACGCUGAGGUCGUGCGUUUGUUGCUUGAGGCCGCCGCUCACAUCGACGUGGCUAACAACGACGGCACCACAGCUCUGAUUGCCGCAUCGCAACAUGGCCAUGUUGAGGUCGUGAAGCUGUUGCUUGGUGCCUGGGCUCACAUCGACUUUGCUGACAGCGACGGCACCACAGCUCUAAUGGCAGCAUCUGAAAAUGGCCGUGCUGAGGUCGUGCGUUGGUUGCUCAAAGCCGGCGUUGAUAUCGACUUGGCCAACUACGAUGGACUCACACCUUUGAUGGCCGUAUCCCAAAAGGGCCACGUUGAGCUCGUGCAAGUGUUCCUUGCGGCCGGCGCUGACAUCCACUUGGCAAAACACAACGGAUUCACAGCUCUUAUGCUGGCAUCUCGAGGCGGCCACGUCGAGGUUGCACGUGUGUUGCUUGAGGCUGGGGCUCACAUCGACUGGGACAACCACGCCAGCGCUACAGCAGUGGGCGAGGCCGUUGAAGAUGGCCAUGUUGAAGUCGUGCAUUUGUUACUCGAGGCCAGGGCGCACGAUAUGGGUACGUGA